AUGGGAAAGUUGGACGAACUUUUGAAACAGAGGGAGGAUAUUUCGAACUAUUUGGAAUCAUUAAUUGAGAUACAUAAAGAUGCAUUAUCUGACGGCUCCGACGGUAGUCAAUUAGAUACAGUAAGGAAUCACAUAUCCAUAUGCUUCUCGGAUCUCCAGAAGAUCAAUGAAAAGUUAAUUUCUCAUAAUGGUAUAUUAAAGAAUGAGAUGUCAAAAUUAAUGGAAAUUCGAAGAGAAGUCUUGGAACUUUCAACGAAAGAGAUAGAAUUACUUAAAGAAAAGUUCAACUGGAGUUUUGAUCCUACAAUAUCCAGCGGAGUAACGCAUAACGAUGUAACGAAAUUUAUAUUUGAAACUCAUUAUAGGGACGAUAUGAAUAAAUAUAUUGAAUUGGUCGGUAUUACCAACACGUCACUCGCAAGGGACAAAGAUGAAGACAAACGUGAGAAACAGGAGAGAUUCUAUUCAAAUGAGACUAGUGACGGAACAGCCGAUGGUAAUGUUUUAUUAACAAGAGAUGAUACUUUGAAAUGCAUGACUUACUUACACAAUGCAAGUACAACUGCAAAUAAAGAUAUUAAAGCUUUAGAAGCACUUCUAAAAAAUAUGAAAAAAGAUCAAAGUUUUCUUGGGGAAGAAAUGAAAAUCCAAACCAGUAAGAUAAAAUCAAUUAAAAAUAGAAUAUUAAAUGACCUUGAAAAGAUUCAUAAAAGGACGGAAACGAUUUUAAGAGAGAUCGACUUGAAAAUACCGAACCAGCCACAACUGAAAGAUAAAGAAUUAUAUAAGUUGGCCAACGAGGAUAGUAUUGAUGAUCUUAUACAGUUAGCACGUGAAAAGGUGGAACUUGAAAUAGAGUUCAUUGAUAUAAAGAAGGAUGCAUAUGCUCAAAUGCUUAAAGAGUUUAAGGUAGAGAGCUCUAAUUUAAAAGCACGACAUGAGUUGUGGGGAGAUUGCUUAGAAGAGGUUAUCUCACUGGAAAAAAAAGUUAAGCAUGAAAUAGCAAGGAAAGGAUCGAACCCAGUAAUUCCGACUGAUCUAAUAGAAAUAAUUCAGGUGUCCAUAGAACAUCUUCAGGAACUACAGAUAUUAAACAAUGAUAAAAGGAUCACAACUUUAAUAGGGGAUGAAAAAGAUACUUUGAGUAGAGCAUGUCAGGAGUUAAGGAAACAAGUACAAACACGUUAA